AUGGCCAUACCUCGCGGGGCCGAAGCCCCACGUACCAUGAAGCAGCAGGCACCCUUUUUUGUAAAGAAUGAAGUGCACGGGUCUGGAGGGAGAGUGGCAGCUAGUGGAGGGACGUUGUCCUCGUACAUCAUCCGGAACCUGGGGCUGAGCAAGAAGGUUGAAGAUAAUCAGGACCCAAGAGAGGCCUUGCUCAAAUUUGCAAAAGAAGCAGCAGAAAAUCCAUACUAUGUUACUCCUGCAUACCAACUGACACAACCAAAGCCCAUCUUUGCUGAACCAGAUGCAUUUGAAGAUGAACAACCCAAGACAAAAAAGAGCAAUUCUUUAUGUAUUCACUGGCAGCAGUUGAGCCAGACGAUGGUGAAUGUCAUAUUCCUUCAUCCUGACCUGGGAAUCGGAGGGGCAGAGCGUCUGGUUGUAGAUGCAGCCCUGGCUCUUCAAUCCCGUGGCCAUGUUGUCCGCUUCAUCACCAAUCACCAUGAUCGAGAUCAUUGCUUUCGAGAGACAUAUGAUGGGACCCUGGGUGUGGUGGUGGUUGGAGACUGGCUCCCACGUAGUAUCUUUGGCCGCUGUCAAGCUCUUUGCGCUUAUAUUCGCAUGAUAUAUGCUGCUCUCUAUCUCAUACUCUUCAGUGGCAUCAACUAUGAAGUCGUCUUCUGUGAUCAGAUCUCCGCCUGCAUUCCCCUCUUCAAAUUGAGUAACACUCGAGUUAUCUUUUAUUGUCACUUCCCUGAUCAGCUCUUGUCCCAGAGAAGUUCCACAUUGAAGAUGAUUUACCGGGCACCUUUGGACUUUCUGGAGGGGUGGAGCACUGGCCUUGCUGAUCUCAUUUUUGUCAACAGCAAUUUCACUGCAUCUGUAUUCCAUGAUACAUUCAAGAAUCUUAAGAAUGUAAAGCCCCAAGUCCUUUAUCCAUCACUGCACCCAGCGACAUUUGACCUCAACCUCAGUGAGAGCAUUCAAUCCAUCAUCCCCUCAGAAACCAGGCACCUUUUCCUCUCCAUUAAUCGAUUUGAGCGAAAGAAGAACCUUGCAUUGGCCCUCCAUGCCCUUAGAGAAAUAAAGGACAUCCUGAAUCCAGAGGAGUUCCAGGGUAUCCACAUGGUCAUAGCUGGUGGAUAUGACAAGAGAGUGAUGGAGAAUGUGGAACACUACAAGGAGCUGUCUGCUCUCAUGAAAGAGCUGGGCUUAGAACGGAAAGUCACUCUCAUGAAAUCCCCAUCAGACUCCGAGAAACUCCUACUCUUGCGAGCUGCCACCUCUCUGAUUUACACGCCAGAACAUGAGCAUUUUGGAAUCGUCCCAUUGGAAGCGAUGUAUAUGCAGAAGCCUGUGAUAGCAGUGAACAGCGGAGGCCCAAUGGAGACCAUUCUGGAUGGGGAAACUGGCUUUCUCUGCGAUCCUACCCCCAAGGCUUUUGCAGUGAAAAUGGCACAUUUCAUCCAGAAUCCAGAGUCUCGUUCCAUGGGAAUGGCAGGGAAAAAACGAGUUGAGACUGAUUUCUCCUUUGAAACUUUUACAAACGCUCUAAAUGAGGCUGUCUCAAGUCUAUUGCCUGAAAAUGGAAAAUGAAGGCAGUGAUUUAGGUGCUCCCUCCUAUUUCUCUUGACACAGUAUGACUUAGAAACGCUAUGAGGA